UUGUUUUUUUUUUCUCUUUUCUCGUAUUUUAUUUACCACUUAUCAUUUUGUUGGCGGACACAAUGUUGGACUGAUCUAUAGGUUUGUUUCAAAAAAUAUGUUAGCAAAUGAAGGGGCUUGCAUUUUCGGUACGAAUUGCAAGCAAUCUCUCAGGUGUACACAACAUGGUCUCCAAAGGGUAUUAAUUCGCACAUUCAUUAGAUACAAAAUGAUGGAGGGCAUUGCAAUGAUGGCAGAAGGCAAGUUGUUCAACGAAAUUGAAAUUACGAGGAAAGUAUUGCAAAUGGUAGUGCUUGAAGAAAUUACGGCCUUUGGAUUGACCUCAAGUCAUCCUCCACUUUCACUGUUACCGUGUUCGCCACUCACUUUGACUCAGCCAUAUAUUAUUUUACUUUAAUUUGUUAAUUCUUAUUUAAACGGCCAAAUCCUUUGUUUCAAAAUAUGAAGAUGAAAAUGAAGAACGUUAGUGUGACUUUAUUGAUUUUUGUUUUGGUGGAAGUGAUAUGGUGCGAAGGGUGUUGGAAGGAAGAGAGAGAAGCUCUUUGGAGUCUAAAUCCCCUUCUUGGCUUCCCUUUGUCUCGGCAAAAGGAAGGCAGAGAUUGUUGUGAAUGGGAAGGAGUGAAGUGCAACUCCUCCACAGGGAGAGUGACCAAACUUGAUCUUCAUGGCCUGGGGAGUGUAAGAAUAAGUUACGCUGAUCUUGUUGUCUUCAAAGAUUUGAAGAGCCUCAAUUUGAGCCAUAGUUCUGGGAUAUUUGAUUGUGCAGACAGUGAAGGGUUGGAAAAUCUGGAAGUCCUUGACUUAAGUCACAGCAUUAUAGAUAACGUCACCGACAUUUUUCUUUGUUUGAAUGGUCUUCCAUCUCUCAAAUCUUUAUAUUUAUCAUACAACGGCGGUUUCGAUGCAACAUUCAACGGUUUUGAAACUCUCUCAUCCAAGUUGCUCAGAUUAGAAGUCCUUGACAUAAGUUGGAACUAUUUGACUAAUGACAUCUUGCCAUCUCUCGGGGGAUUCACAUCUCUGAAGGAACUCUAUUUGUCUGGCACCGAAUUGAUCACAGAUAUGCAUAUUCAAGGUUUAUGCUCUAUGUUGAAGAAUCUUGAGGUCCUUGACUUGUCUGACAACAACUUCAGUGACAGUGAUAUUGCAUCUGCUCUUAGUGGACUUUCAUUUCUCAAGUCUUUAAAUUUAGAAAACAGUCAACUGACUCCAACAUCCAUUCUUAAUAUAUCAAAGAUAAUGUCUCUGGAGAUUCUUGACAUGGAGGGAAACAACUUGGAUGAGAGCAUAUUGAGGAGUUUUGAGAAGGAUGGAUUUACGUGGCCAACCAAUUUACAAGUCCUAAAGCUGCGUUCAAACAGUUUCUCCAAUGAAUUUCUUUCGUCUCUAAGUGGGCUUCAACGUCUCAAAUCCCUUGAUUUAAGCAGCAAUCAUUUAAGCGGGCCGUUGGAUAUAAGUGGAUUAUUGGCUUUAACCAGUUUGGAGAUUCUUGAUCUAAGUUUUAACGAAAUUAACAGUUUCACCAGCGAAUUUCUUUCAUCCCUAAGUGGGCUCCAGCGUCUCAAAUCCUUAGAUUUAAGAGUAAAUCAAUUAAGCGGGUCGUUCGAUAUAAGUGGAUUGUUGGCUUUAACCAGUUUGAAGAUUCUUGAUCUAAGUCAUAACGGAAUUAACAGUGUUGUUGUCCAUCAAGUUUCAGGAUCAAAAAGUCUAAACAAAUUGGAUGUGCUUACUUUAGAUGGAAAUAAUAUCAAUGGAAGCAAACUGAGGGAAUCACUGCAACCUUUCCCAAAUAUUAAGAUGCUUUCUAUGACUAGUAAUGAGAUUAUAGGAACCAUCACUGCAGGAGAUUUUCGUGAUUUAAAAAGCCUUGAACACUUGGCACUGGACUUUAAUCAUGACCUUGACAACGAGUUUUUCCAAAGUAUUGGGGAGUUGACUUCUUUGAAAGUUUUAUCUGCUACUGAAUGUAAAAUCAAUGGCACCCUUCCUCCUGCUGGUUGGUUUAAGCUGAAGAAUCUCGAAAUAUUAGAUCUAAGCGAAAAUCAAUUUGUUGGAUUGCUUCCCUCAUCCUUCUCAAACAUGACAUCUCUUCGAAAGUUAAAACUUUCAUACAAUCAUUUCAGUGGACAAUUUGAUUCUAACAUUGCUAGUCUUACAUCACUUGAAUAUUUUGGUUUUACUGAAAACCAAUUUGAUAUUCCCAUUUCUUUUACACCAUUUGCCAAUCAUUCAAAUCUUAAGUUCAUAUAUGGUGAAGGCAACAAAGUCAUUUUAGACUUACAACCUAAUUUCCAAACUUGGAUUCCUAAAUUUCAAUUACAAGUGCUUAGUUUACCUUCAACAACUGUGAAUUAUUCUCUUCCACUCCCCAGGUUUCUUCUACAUCAAAGAAACUUGACUAGCUUAGAUUUCACUAGUUGUAGAUUGGAAGGAUUGUUUCCUUACUGGUUGUUUGAAAACAACACAAAAUUGACCGAGCUUCUUGUCAGAAAUUGCUCUUUCACGGGUGCUCUCCAUCUACCAUUACAUCCCCUUACAAGCAUGAGGAGAAUUGAUGUAUCUGACAAUAACAUAACUGGCCAAAUCCCCAAUAACAAUAUUAGUUCAAUUUUACCAAAUUUGCAAUUUCUAAACUUGUCUAGAAACCACAUCCAAGGUUCAAUUCCACCUGAGUUUGGCCAGAUGAGAUUUUUGAAUACUUUAGAUCUCUCAGAUAAUCGUUUAUCAGGAGAGAUUCCAAAGAACAUAUCCGGGGAUGGGUCAAUGCUCAAAUACUUGAAACUUUCACAAAAUGAGUUAGAUGGACCCCUAUUUCAAUCUUUGAAAUACUUGGAGCAAUUGUAUUUAGAUGACAAUAGCCUUUAUGGAAGCAUACCAAAUAGCUUUUUUAACUCAUCUCUCCAACAUUUGGAUCUAAGCUAUAAUAAUUUAGUGGGGCAACUAUCAUGUGCCAUAGGAAAUUUGUCAAACUUGGAAACACUUUCAUUGUCCAACAAUCAUCUUGAAGGGUCUAUUACGACAAGGCUAAUUGAACUCGAAUCUCUAUAUUAUCUUGAUAUCUCCGACAAUAAUUUGAUUGGUUUUUUGCCAUCUUUUGUCAAUUCUUCUCUGGAAUACAUUCAUUUGAGCAACAACAUGUUAAGUGGUUUACCCAAAAGAAUGUUCCGAAAAAGAUCUUCCUUAAAAAUUCUAGACCUUAGCAACAAUCAAAUAGUCGGUAGCAUUCAAGAUAUGAUGGAAGACCUUGCUCCUACAAGGUUGAAUAUACUCAUUUUGAAAGGUAACCGGUUUACAGGGCAUUUACCAGAACAGAUAUGCCAAUUUGAAGAUUUGAGUAUAUUAGAUCUUUCUUAUAACAAUUUUUUUGGUCUAAUACCCAAUUGCUUGGGUAAAAUGCCUUUUAAGAAUGAUGAACCACUCUCAUUAGUGGCUGCAUAUAACGGCUUUCGUGGUAAAAAAUAUAGCUAUGCAGGGGAUUGGAUAUAUAAUAUAAGAGGGAAAGCAAACUUCACUACGAAGAAAAGAUCCUACACAUAUACUGGGAGCAUCCUUGCUUAUAUGUCUGGAAUUGAUUUAUCCAAAAAUAAACUAAACGGAAGUAUUCCAUUUGAGCUUGGAAACUUGACAAGACUUCGAGCAUUGAACUUGUCUCACAAUGAUUUGAUUGGACAAAUUCCAACUUCAUUCUCUAAUUUAGUACAAGUAGAGAGUUUAGAUGUUUCUUUCAAUAUAUUGAGUGGUCAAAUUCCUCCUCAACUAAAUCAGUUGCACUUUCUUGCUGUAUUUAGUGUUGCACAUAACAAUUUAUCAGGCGAUACACCCGAGCAAAAAGGCCAAUUUAUUACCUUUGAUGAAAGUAGCUAUGAAGGAAAUUCUCUUCUUUGUGGACCUCCAUUGCUAAAAAGUUGUCAUCCUGAUGCACCAUCACCAACCAUUUCUCCAAAUGAUGAAGACUAUGACAGUCCAGUUGACAUACUUGUUUUUUGUGUAAGUUUUGUUGUGGCAUACACAUCGGUAUUGUUGGUAAUUGUUGUCACUCUCUACAUUAAUCCUUUUUGGAGGCGGGCAUGGUUUUUCUAUAUGGAAAUGAUCAUCUUAAGUUGUUAUUACUUUAUCUUAAGUUGUUAUUACUUUAUGGAAGAUAAUUGGAGGAAGUUUUCAAAUCCUAGAAAUAUGUAACGCAGGUUGUCUUGUAUGCCUUAGAUUGUCCUGUUGUUUACUAAGAUUGAUUAA